AUGAGAGCCACAGCUAUCCUCCGGCAAGCUGCCCACCGCACCCCAUUGAUCAAAUUUCUGGGGAAGCGCUCUGUGCCCAAAAACAUUGACUCUACCCCGCAUGUGCACCCAGCGUCUCCGACUGGGUCGUUGCCAGACUCGUUUGCCUCCUACAGAGAGAAGGCGUCCCAACACGGCCCUCUGUCGCGAUCUUCCUUUUCUACAAUAAGUGGUGGAAGACCCGCAAAGUCCUUUGGACCUGUUGCGCCUCCUCCUGGCCAAUUUUUCGACCGAGACGAGUUACCUUCCAGAUUCCGCCGAACUGCUUGGUCAACGGCUGAGAUAGAAGCAAUUGAGUCUGGUGGUGCCAGUCUAUAUGCGUAA